AUGGUGAUCUAUGUCCUACCAGCCAUCAUUCUCCCCGGACUUGUACUCAAUUUGGUUUCCUGCCUGGUGUUCACCUCAAAAGAACUCAAGAACUUCUCCUCCAGCAUCUACAUCUUCGCCCUGCUCGUUUCUGAUACAGGCGUUCUCAUUGGAUUACUGUUUGUAUGGCUAGAAGCGAUUGGCUAUCAAGUCAACCACCUCAAUGGCGUCUGUCAAGUAUGGUACGUUGUUUGUAUCACUGUAGAAAAUUACAUCACAAUCUGCCAUCCCAUAUCCUUUAUGGUCAUGUGCACCAAACGAAGAGCUGUCAUUGUGGUCACCUGUAUUCUGUUGUUGUCCCUACUUCUGUACAUCAUCACGCCCAUAGCGACGGGAGUGGCCUCCCCUCGCAGUGACAAGGAAGUAGGGAAAUGCUGGGUCCGAAGCGAGUGGAUGUCCGUCAUGCACAUGAUGACCUACCUGGACUCACUGGUCACUCUGCUGGUUCCGCUCAUUGCUGUAACUGGAAUGCUCAUCACGAUCGUGCUGUCCAUCAUUCACAGAUCAAGAUGGAAGAAACGUCUAAGCAGUCUUCCGGUAUUGGAGACAGCAGAAAUGACACCAAUUACCGACUCCAAGAGGACAGGCGCUCAUGCCAGUGCUCAGUUUCGCGUAGCUAAAAUGCUCUUCGCACUGUCUGUGUCGUAUGUUAUAAUGAAUUCUCCAAGCCAAGUUAGCAGGCUCUACUACCUGAUCCGACCUCGAAAUCCUGGAGACAGUGAGAUGACACAUUCUGAAGGUCUCAUUCAGUUGGUGCUGCUGUAUAUUAGUUAUGCCCAUCACGCCUCCAAGUUUUGGAUUUUUGUUAUUGUUAGCAAAAACUUCCUCAAAAAUUUAAAGCAGACAGUAGCAGAGUUAACGAAGUGCCGGUGUUAA